AUGCCAAAGGCAAGCCUCGAUACCUUCUACCUCGCAAAUCACCGACUCUAUGUGCAGUAUAGCAAGACGAUCUUAAGGAAUCCAUACAUCGUCGGAUCUUUCGCAUGUAUCGGAGGGGGGUUGUUCGGACUCGACAUCUCCUCGAUGUCCGGUGUCUUGACGGCAGGUACAUUCCAUCUCACUUCUUCAACGCUCAACAAGGAUCCCGGACCAAAUGCCCAAGGUGGUAUCGUCGCCUCAAUGCCUGCGGGUAGUUUGGUAGGCGCUCUCGCGGUUGGAAGGCUUGCGGAUAUCCUGGGUCGGAAGAAGACGAUCCAGCUUUCAGGUAUCAUCUGGGUCAUCGGAAGCAUCCUCCAAUGUGCUGCCGUGAACAGGGGGAUGCUCGUUGCUGGUCGCCUGAUUUCUGGAAGCUCCGUCGGGAUUGCAUCCGCCACUGUGCCUUUGUACCAGGCGGAGAUCACUGCUGCGCAUAUCCGUGGACGGAUGAUCAGUCUUCAACAGGCACGUGCUUUUAUAAGCCAGAUUCGUUUACUUAACAGCGUCGUAGUGGUCAAUUACGUGGGGAAUAUGAUCCCUGCGAUUGUGCUUUCUAUCGGAAUGACGUGGUUUCCGGAAUCCCCUAGAUGGCUCAUCGAUCAUGGCCACGAAGACGAAGCCCUGGAGAUCUUAGCAGAGGUUCAUGGAAAAGGAAACCCCGACGCCGAGCUCGUGCAACUUGAAUUCACAGAAAUCAAGGAUCAAGUAGAGUUCGAGAAGAAAUAUGGCGCCAAGUCCUAUAAAGAUCUCCUGGAACCAAAUGUACUACGCAGAUUGACGCUUGCAACGUCCCUUCAGGCUUGGUCUCAGCUUACAGGGAUGAACAUUAUGAUGUACUACAUCACUUAUGUGUUCAUUGGGGCCGGUCUUACUGGUCGUCGAGGAAAUCUUAUUGCGUCUAGUGUCCAAUACGUUCUCAAUGUUGCAAUGACUCUUCCAGCAAUUAUCUACAUCGAUAAAUGGGGCCGUCGUCCCAUGCUACUUGCCGGCCUCCUUCUUAUGGGUUUCUGGCUGUUCCUUGUCGGAGGCCUUCAAGGCAUGUAUGGCCAGUGGGGCACCGUGGAUGGAGAUCGUGUCUGGGUAAUCACGGGAAAUCAAAGCAUCACCAAAGGUGUCAUCGUAUGCUCGUACUUCUUUGUAUGCAGUUUUGCGAUCACGAUGGGUCCUUGCAGUUGGACAUAUGCUUCAGAGAUUCACCCUCUACGCGUGAGAGCUAAAGCAGUAUCUUUGGCGACUGCCUCGAACUGGAUCAUGAACUGUGUACUGGCAUGGGCCGUUCCUCCAGCACUGUCUUCUAUUUCCUAUAAGACGUAUUACAUUUUUGGAGGAUUCAACUUCGCGGCAUUUAUUCACGUGCUGUUCAUGUUUCCAGAGACAUGUGGAAGAAGUUUGGAGGAGAUUGAAGAAGUGUUCUCGCAAGGACAUGUGUUCACAGCUUGGAAGAUCAAGAGGGAUGUAGGGAAGAAGACGCUGCAAGAUGUAAAGGGAGCUCAUGGCAUGCAUCAUGCAGAACAUCCGGAACCCGAUUACAAGGGAUCCCAAGAAUUGCAGGAAAAGGUGUAA